AUGGAGUCUACAACCACAAGAAGGCCUUAUUUUCUUGAAGAAAACAAUGGGCUUGCUUCUAUCUCAGACAUAGAACAUGGGUUCUCAUCGUCACCGUCGUCGUCGACGGAAGACAACCACCGUGGACAACACCUGAUUUCCAGACCUCUGUACUCGCCGAGAAAAGCAAGUCUUAGAAACCUUUCGUCUUUUUCCUCUCUUUCUUCUCCAAGAUCUGGGAGGUUUUUGCAUGGAAGAUUUGAAGAGCAACAGCCUCAUUUUUUGGAUGCUUGUUUUCUCUGCAAAAAACCACUUGGUCCUAACAGAGAUAUCUUCAUGUACAGAGGGGACACACCAUUCUGUAGUGAAGAGUGCAGAUCAGAGCAGAUCGACAUCGAUGACUCCAAAGAAAAAAACAAGAAUCUUUCUGCUUCAAUGAAAGCUUUGAGGAAGAAAGAAAAGAGUGAAACUUCCCCAACCAAAUCUUCCAAAAAAUACCCUUUUUAUUCUGGAGCAGUUGCUGCUGCUUAAUCAGUAAUUUCUACCUAAAACGAGGGGUAAAAAGGGAAAAUUUUGUCCAUUAUAUAAGUAUGUGAGG